GCACCGGCGCUUCCCAUUACUCCCAGGAGAAGAAGCAGCAGCGGCAACAGCAGCAGCGCAGUAUUGAGAAACUUCAGCGACUUUAUGGCAAACAAGUAGAAGGGUACACUGCCCUCUGAUAGGUUUUUUUUUAGUACUUUGUGUAUGGAAAGUGCUCCUGGAUGGACCUGGGUGAAAACAGCUGGUCCAUGGUCAAGCGAGAAGUUUCCAGCAGCCCAGGCUCGCCGGCCGAGCAGAGCUACCUGCCCGGUGACAGCAGCAGGAGAGACGGGCCCACGCCUCCGAGCGAGCUCGACGCGCUGGGCCACCGCCGUCCGGACGGCAGGUCGCUGCAUCCCUACCUUCACUUCGGACAUCACGGCAACGCUGCGACCGCCGGCGAGGACAUCCCGCUGUUUACGGACUUGGAUCAGGGGAGCAAGCUCGUUCUCUCCGCCGGAGCGCACAAGGCAAGCCUGCUGGUGGACCCCGCCGACAUGUACCAAACUUUGGCAAUCGCCGCAGCCCAAAGCCAGACUGGAUAUGAUUCCUCCUCCGCUGGUUACAUGCACUCCAGCCCCAACUCCCCGGUCUACGUGCCCAGCUCCCGGGUGAACCCGAUGAUUUCCAGUCUUUCCUACCUGCAGGCCGGUGGUUCCGCGCAGGCCGGCCACGCAGUCUCCAGCCACUCGGUGUGGUCGCAGUCCACCCCGGAGAGCCCGUCGUCGUACAGCGCAGGGAGCCCGCACACCUCCAGCCGGUACCACUAUCCUCCGAGUCCGCCCAUGAACAACGGGACACCCAGGGACAGCAGCUACACAAACACGCUGAAUGUGAGCAGCAGGGACCAAUACGGCCUCUCCCGACCCUUAAGUGGGACCUACGCUAACCCAUACUCCCCUUAUGUGGCACCUCAGCUGCCCUCACCUUGGACCGGGGGACAUUUUGAUAACACCAUGCUGCACAAUUUGCAAAGCAGGGGUGCGCCCCUGAUUAGAGGUCCAAACGGAGUUUCAGAUAUCCUGGACGAGAUGGCGGAGAGCAGGGAGUGCGUGAACUGCGGCUCCAUCUCCACGCCGCUGUGGAGGCGCGACGGCACGGGCCACUUUCUCUGCAACGCCUGCGGCCUCUACAGCAAAAUGAAUGGCCUGAGCCGGCCAUUAAUUAAACCGCAGAAAAGGACGUCAACCUCCAGAAGAAUCGGCCUCUCCUGCGCAAACUGUCAGACCAGCACAACGACCUUGUGGCGCAGGAACGCAGAAGGAGAACCGGUGUGCAAUGCAUGCGGACUCUACACUAAGCUUCAUGGAGUACCUCGACCGCUUGCCAUGAAGAAAGAGGGAAUCCAGACACGAAAAAGAAAACCCAAAACUUUGAGUAAGACCAAAGGAUCCUCGGGCACCAACAACUCUGUCUCCAUGACUCCCACAUCCACAUCCUCAUCCAAUUCUGAAGACUGCUCCAAAACCAGCUCUCCCUCUGCACAAGUGUCAGGGGUCAGCUCGUCCGUGCUGCCGGGCUCUGGGGAGGGAGCCGGCUCGGGCUCUGCGGUGAAAUACCCUGGACAGGACAGCCUGUACACCAGCGUGGGCCUGACCCAGUCAUCAGAUGUAGCUUCAGUGAGGGGGGAACCCUGGUGCCCCAUAGCUUUAGCCUAAACACUCAAAAGUUUUGUGCUUGUGGACAGAAAUCCCUGACCUCUCCUGUUCUUUCUGGACGCUGCGGUGUGGAUAUACCUGGAGAACAGUGUUUGCUCCACCCCCGGCCCCAGCAAGAAGAGUUCGACACGAGGGAAAAACGAUGGCGAGACGAGUGUCAGUCACGGCUUAACCUUGAUCUGUGUGUGGAAUAUCCGGGAUUGGUGGUGCUGGCGUCUGGCAGUCAGUGGAAAUGUCAGGUCGGACAAUCAGUCAGACGGCCUGCACAGGAUGGUUUUAAGCCUGUUGUUCACUCUGAUCUCUCCCGUCAGUGGUUCUUCAAAGAAAACCAUCGUGUACAUAACGGAUUUCCUCUCUACAGAAAACACUGCUGAUUGGACACGAGUGCUUGAUGAGGCACUGAGGAUAUUUAGAUUGUUCUUCUUUUUUCUCCCCACAACUGGAAACAUGCCAUAAGUGCUGAGAUGACUUUGAUGAAUCAAAAUAAAAAACAAAAUAUAUAUAUAUAUAUUUAUGAAUCUCCAAUUGUUGAGAACGUGGCUAUGAUUGUUAAUAAAGAUAUCAAUAUAGAGCAGAUGUUAAACCAUUCUGAUGUCUUUUUUAUUUUUUUUUAAGUGUUUGUUGGAUCUGCACAUAUUUUCCAUUGAAAGCUCUUACUGCUUAUGUUGAAAGUAGUUUGGUUAAAACAGGGUAUAAGUGUCAGUGUUUUUUUUGUUCUUUAAUCAUUUACUUCAAAACAUACAAAUUAUCGAUUUCUUCUUGUUUUAUGUAUUAAAAUCCUGUCAGCUACAGAGAGGAGUAAGGUACUGUUCUUAAAAGAUGUUUGCAUGCAAUUGGAUGUUGUGUUUGAACAAAGCUCAGCCGAUAUAACUAAAUGGCUGCACUACCUGACUCAGCAUAAAAUGUACACAUUUUACAAUUCUCUACUGUUUCCUCAUUUUCAGCACAAAACUAGAAAAAAAAUAUAGAGAGCCCAGUCACAGAAAUUCUUCAAGAUUAAUUAUUAUAGUGAAUUUAAAAUGAGCUAAUAGGAGAUCCUGUGAUUUAUUUUUGAGAAACAAAAUGGCUGGGAUCCAGAGUCAGCCCAAGGCAAAAGCAAGAUAAACCCCUGCAGAGGGCUCCGCAACCAACAGGAGUCAUAUUGUAAGCCAUGCUUACAAUAGUGGAUUAGUGCUAUUUAUGCAAAUGUGUAAUGAUUCAAAUGUUUUAUGCAACUGAAUGUAGCCAGAUUAUUUUUUUUCUGAGUAGUAUUGUUUGCCCUCCACCUUCAAACAAAAAACAACCACCUAGACUGCAGAUGUAACAUAGCAAAGGUUAUGUCUAAUAUCUAAUGCUAUGACAUGGUAGCUGAAAUAUCAACUUCUGUUCAGAGCCGCUCCCCUGUGUCUCGAAACGGCCUUGGAUCGGCUCUGCUGGGAUCACAUUUAUGCUACCCGAAAAGAAUUGACAGCCUGAGAAGAUUUUUGGAACUCUGUCAUUAUUUGUGACUAUUCUUUUUAAAGAAAAAACUAAUUCAAUUAAUUCUAAAGAGACUGAAUACUGGAGGCAGUUUUCUGAGUUUAAUGCAAGCUUUGUCCCUUUCCAGAACUUGUGCCAUUCUUGCAGAGAUCUUAUCAUUCCCUCCCCUAAAAGUAUUUAUUUCUUUGAGUACCAGGCUCGCUUUUACUUUUUAUGUUUUAUUUUUUUUUUCUGGAACAUCAUGAGAAAUUAUUAUAUUUAAAUUCAGUCCAAUAAAUUGUUCUGAUGAA